AUGCCUACACCUGCUCUCCCUCAACCUGCACACCCUGAGCUCGAUUCAAUGCUGACGAGGAAGUUUGGCAGGGAAGUUGCCAAUUACUUCUCUGGCUCACCGUUGAACCGAUUUGGCUUCCUCCGCAGCGACAAUGUCUUCCUGUCUGGAGCUCUCAAGCACCCUUCGACCAAGUUCCUCCCUUGCAACAAUCUGCAGCCAUUGACAAAGGACAAGGCCAACCUCGCCUACAUUCAAUACAAAGAUGUCCAGUCCAUCAUCGGCGAAGAUCCCUAUUCCAUCCCCGAGGACAAGAUGAUCGAGACGUUCAACUCCAAGACCUACAUUCCUCAGAUGAUCUUCCUCGGUCUGGACGAGUCUGUCAAGGACAACUCUUUCAGCUACGAAGCAAAGAAUGCCGUUCACAAGGGUGCUCCAUACUUUGCCAUCGAUGUCACUCCCAAGGAUCCUCUGACACAGCAAUGUAACGACCUAAUCAAGGCCUGCGAAGACAAAGGCCUUACCUUCCAACAAGGCCGCGCAAUGGACCUGGUAGCAGGCGACGCAGCAAUCUACGCCGAAGCCCGCCAACUGCUCGACUGGAACAUGCGUAACCCUUUCUGUGCUCAAUGCGGCCACCCUACCUUGUCCGUCAAUGGAGGUUUCAAGCGUACCUGCCCACCAACAGACUCCGCCUCGCUCUCCGCAACCGCAAUCUCCACCUCCAACACCCCCGCCUCUAGUAUCGACCGCCCCGCCUGCGCAACCAGAAAAGGCGUUUCCAACCUCAGUUUCCCACGCACAGACCCCACCAUCAUCGUCGCCGUCGUCAACCACGCAGGCGACAAACUCCUCCUCGGCCGCAGCAAGCGUUUCCCAAAAUACUGGUACUCCACCCUUGCCGGAUUUUGCGAACCCGCAGAGUCAAUUGAAGAAGCCACUCGCCGCGAAGUCUGGGAAGAAGCUGGAAUCCAUCUGGGACGCGUGAUUAUCCACUCUACACAACCCUGGCCUUAUCCUGCAAACCUCAUGAUUGGCGCCAUUGGACAGAGUGUUCCUGAGGGCGAGACUAUUGACCUUGGAAAUGACCCAGAGUUGGAGGAUGCCAAGUGGUUCACUUUUGAUGAGGUGAGGAAGGCAUUGAAAGUGGGGACUAGUGGGUUGGAUGAAGGUCCACAGGCAGAGUAUAAAGAAGGUGAUUUGAGAUUGCCGCCGGGCACUGCUAUUGCGAAUCAGCUUAUUAGUGCGGUGGUUGAGAAGGGUUUCUUGGCUGCUGAGGCAAAGAUGUAA